AUGCCGCUCAAGUACACCCCAAAGCUGUGCACAGUCCCAAAAAUCGAGCAGAUAACCACGCCGAACAAAAACAUACAGAGCUUCUUCAUGAGAAGCGAUGCUUCGUACUGUGUCGGCGAGAAGUAUAGGAUGGCAAACUACAGGACUGAUGAGCAGAUUGUCCACAUUGUAGUGUGGAACAACAGGCUUAUUGUGGAGACCGAGUCGAUUGAUCUGGACGACUUCUUCUAUCUGGCAAGCAUGAACACAAAAAGGUUUGGAAGUCUUGAGGAGUGCGUGGGAUGGCUGGGAAACCAGGUUUCGGGAGUCCUUGAGAGGCUAGAGAUAAGGCCCAGGAACUCGUUUGUCUCUCUUAUAUUCCAUGACCUUCUGAACAGGACAGAGAUAUUGGCAAUAUGCAAUCUCUUCAUCAAUAUCCUGUCAUUCAAGGGGAUCCUGAUCACGCCGCGAAGCCUAUCACAAGCGAUUGGAACUCUUUCGCCGAGCUGUAUUGUUGUGAGCCUUUACGAGCACCACACCACAGUAUGCCUUGUGGAGGACUUCUGGAUGCUUGACGGAAUCUGCGUUUCCAGAGAAAGCAACGAGGGAUUUGGCCUUGUUGAUUCCGUGGAUUUUGUGGACGAGUUCAGCAGGAUCAAGGUGUUUGAAGAAAAAAACAUCUUUUCCUGCAGCAGGUGCGACUACAAGGAUGACGCUGAGGAGAAGAUGGAGGCGCACUUCCUGUCUUCGCAUGGGAAGGAGGAAUGCCAUCCGGACGUAGAUCCGGGCGAGCACUUCAAGAUGCAUAUAAGGAUGUACGAGGAAGAGGAGGGGGACAUCCACGAGCUAAUAGCCAAGAGAGCGAACUAUGUCCUCAGCAAGGAGAAGAUGAAGAAGAUAGCAAGUAGGGUGAUUGUGUUCAAGUAUAGCGGAGUGGGGUUGUCUGAGGAAUGCCUGAAGAAGGCGUUUGAAGAGUAUGGCGUUGAUCCAGAGGUUUCCAUGUAUGAAGAGCCUGUUGAGAAUAUGAUUAUGGGUGUGAUGAGGGUGUUUUCUGGGCUUGACUGCAUUAAGGAGCUGUGGAUGACAGACAAAGAGUGGAGCAGUGCAGGUCUUCGUGUACUGAAGGAGAAGGUGCUCUUUAUUAUCUGA